GUGACCUCGGGGGUUGCGCUCCGGGCGCCCUUGGAAGUCCUCACGCUGAGGGGGUCAUGGCCGGUCCUGCUCGAGGCGGCGGGGCCCGGUCUCUCGAUCUGCUCCGGGUGUUGCCUCGAGUGUCCCUGGCCAACUUGAAGCCCAAUCCCGGCUCCAGGAAACCGGAAAGACGUCCAAGAGGUCGAAGAAGAGGUAGGAAAUGUGGCAGAGGCCAUAAAGGAGAAAGGCAGAGAGGAACUCGACCCAGGCUGGGCUUUGAGGGAGGCCAGACACCAUUUUACAUUCGAAUCCCAAAAUACGGAUUUAAUGAAGGACAUAGCUUCAGACGCCAGUAUCAUCCUUUGAGUCUAAAGAGACUGCAGUAUCUUAUUGAUUUGGGUCGAGUUGACCCAACGCAACCUAUUGAUCUAACCCAGCUUGUUAAUGGAAGAGGUGUGACCAUCCAGCCCUAUAAGAGGGAUUAUGGGGUGCAGCUGGUUGAGGAGGGUGCGGACACAUUUCAGGCAAAAGUUAACAUUGAAGUACAGUUGGCUUCAGAACUGGCCAUCGCUGCAAUUGAAAAAAAUGGUGGUGUUGUUACUACAGCUUUCUAUGAUCCAAUAAGUCUGGGAAUUCUGUGCAAGCCUAUUCCAUUCUUUCUGCGUGGACAACCCAUUCCGAAACGAAUGCUUCCACCUGAAGAUCUGGUACUAUAUUACACAGAUGCCAAGAACCGGGGUUACCUGGCAGACCCUGCCAAAUUUCCUGAAGCAAGACUUGAACUUGCCAAGAAAUAUGGUUAUGUUCUCCCUGAUAUCACUAAAGAUGAACUCUUCAAAAUGCUCAGUACGCGGAAGGAUCCAAGGCAGAUUUUCUUUGGUCUUGCUCCGGGAUGGGUAGUGAAUAUGGCAGAUAAGAAAAUUCUUAAACCUACAGAUGAGAAUCUCCUUAAGUAUUACAGCUCAUGAAUUCCCUCCAGGAAGGCAGUUAUUGAAGAGUACCAGGAAAAGGACUGAACAUCGGGUUUCUUACUGUGUUCUCCAAAUGUGUCAUCCUCCAGAUAGUGGUGUAUACUAUUACUGUAAUCAUGGCUUUUUCAUUUUCUCCUAAAAUUAAAAUAAUUUUAAAGUGCAGAAGCAAGGACUGCACAUAGGAACCAAAUAUGUGGGUUGUGUAUCAAAGAUUGAAAUUCUGGUUGUCUAUUGCAGAAUGAUUACAACUAUUUUAGAAUAUUUCUGGUCCAUUUUGUCAUGAUUUUUUUUUCCUCCAAGAUUUGUCUUGUUAUUGCUGUGAAGCAGAAAGAACAACACUGGCGAGUUAGAUUGACUAACAGGCUGCUCAACCAAAGGUAGAGCAGCUGCUGGUAAGCUGUUGUUCUUUAAUCAGCAGCCUAAGGAAGCUCAGCUACCCAGAACCCUCUCCUGGGAGGU